CGUGGGCAGCGUGGGGGGAGAGGGCAGGCUGCCUGCACUCGCCGCUCCCCUGCCCCCCCCACCCCCAGCCCCCCAUCCCCCCGAUGCUUUAAUCACAUUUUCAAUUCAAACCUACUGCUAUUUGAUCCUCCGGGGGUGGUGGCGGGGAGGGGGGAAUAUUUUUAGCUGUGCUUAAAGCUGCCGGGGCGGCUGAGGGAGAUCGUGCAGGUUGCUGUGGCCGGGCAGAGUUGGAUGGGAUCCCCCCCUCCCUUUUUGAUUCUUCCUCCUCCUCCUCCUCCUCUUUGCACAUCGGAGGGCGGCAGCGGGGCUGGCUUCCCCCCCUCCCGGAGGUCGCCUUUGUUUUCCUCGGGUCGCUCUCCCGAGCAGGCAGGGGGGGCGGGAGGGGGCCGGGGCCGGGCUGGACUGGGUUGGACUGGGCUGGACCGGCCGCCCCUUCUCCUCCUCGCCCCGCAGGACUCCGCGGAGUUGGUGCGGUUCCCCCGGGAGGCAUUUCAUCCUCACCCCGGGCCGGGGCUGAGCAGCCACCGCCGCCCCCCCAGGGACCCCCAUGGCACCGCCGCGAUGUUCGUGUCCCGGGUCCUGGAUUUCCAGAAGACGCGCUACGCCAGGUUCAUGAAUCACCGUGUCCCGUCCAACUGCAGGUACCAGCCGACGGAGUACGAGCACGCUGCAAACUGUGCCACGCACGCGUUCUGGAUCCUGCCCAGCAUCCUUGGCAGCUCCAUCCUCUACAUCCUCUCUGAUGACCAGUGGGAAACCAUCUCAGCCUGGAUCUAUGGCUUUGGCUUGUCCAGCCUCUUCAUUGUCUCCACCAUCUUCCAUACCAUCUCUUGGAAGAAGAGGCAUCUCAGGACUGUGGAGCACUGCUUGCACAUGUUCGACAGGAUGGUGAUUUACUUCUUCAUUGCGGCGUCGUACGCUCCCUGGCUGAACCUGAGGGAGUUGGGUCCCUGGGCCUCCCACAUGCGCUGGAUCAUUUGGAUCAUGGCGACUAUCGGGACCGUCUAUGUUUUCUUCUUCCACGAGCGGUACAAGCUGGUGGAGCUGGUGUGCUACGUUAUCAUGGGCUUCUUCCCCGCCUUGGUCAUUCUCUCCAUGCCCAACAGGGAUGGCCUCCCGGAGCUGGUGGCCGGUGGAUUCUCUUACUGCCUGGGCAUGGUCUUCUUCAAAAGCGACGGUCGCAUCCCCUUUGCCCACGCCAUCUGGCACCUCUUCGUGGCCAUCGGAGCUGGCAUCCACUACUACGCCAUUUGGAGGUACCUCUACCAGCCCGGCACGCUGGAGGCUAAAACAUCCCGGUAGAAGCCUUAAAGACAUCGUUUGUGCCAACCGGCACACAGGGGCAUGGAGGGGAGCGGGGAGGCAGCCUGUGCCAUGGGCUCGCCCCAAACCACCCGCUCGCCCCACGGGCAGCAGCCCCUGCUGCCCUUCCUGCACAGACAGGAGAGCCUGGAGGUUGAUUUUAAACAGAUUUUUUUCUUUUUUUUUUUUUUCUUUAACCUCAGGAACUGUUUAUUUUUUUUAGGCAAAGAUUUCGUAACACGGUGUUUGACCAAAGGGCUGCGGGCAAUAGGGGAGCGACCUCUUGCCAAGGGCUCGGGGAGGCCUUGCUCACCGGCCCGACCCUGAGCAACCUGCCAGGACCAGGGGCCCUGGCCCUGCAUGCCCCUGGCUAGUGACACCCUGGGUUUGGCUACCGGAGCCCUUAGCAUGGGCCACUCAGGGGACUGGAGGUGUCGGGGCCUGGGGAGAGACGCAGCCCCUUUCCCCCGGGAUGCCUGGGAGUGUGGCUGCCCCAGCUGAGGAGGGGGGCACGGUGGCACCCCUGCACCACCCAGGCUCGGCUCCUAAAUGGUCCUGAGUCAUGUUAUCAUUAGCUGCCCCCCUCCCAAUGUCUUGAUGGGAAGGUCCAGAGUCAACCAAGCCUUACAUGAGAUUAAAACUUGAAUCUCUUCCAGGGCACCCCAGAGUCCCUGAGCACUGGAAAACCUUUUCUCUAAGCCAGUAUUAAAUGCACAACUCAGUACGUCCCCCCUAGAUGGGCCCUGGGAGCCCCUAUGGACAUUUUCUCCCUGGGGUGCUUUGUUUUC